AUGUCCGCAACCACAAUCAUACGGCCACCAAUAAUGAAUAACACUACCUCACAUUCACAUGCCCAUCAGCACCAACAUGACACCAAUAACCAUUACAAAGUCACUUUCGGAAGAGGAGGUGCAGGAAACAUAAUAACUUCACAUUCUAAACCAAAACCAAAAUUGAUCAAGCAGGGUUCACAGACACCAAGCAUCAUUCAACCCGUGUAUAGUACCGGGCGUGGUGGUGCAGGGAAUUUGAAGAGGAAUAUAGACCCGAAAUUGACUAGAAGAGCACAGGAUGUGGAUGAUACGGAUGCGGAGUCAGAUAUCAUUAUUAUCAAGUCGAAUGACUCGAGAGCGGUCUCUGAGGCAACCUUUAAAGAGGGAGACGACGAGGAGGAUUUUAUCGAUAAUGAACAUAUCUUGGAUGAAUUGCAUCAGGAAAAUGAAAUUCAAGCUGUCUUGUCUAAUAUGAAAUCUCGUUUGAGUGCAUUGAGUGGCAACGCUAAUGAUCAUGACGUGACUAUAAUCCCCAAAUUAAUUCCCAAGGCAACGGUGAAUAAGGCAGAUAGUAAUAAAUUGAAGAGAGUUAAGACUUUAGAAAAAGUUUCUCCACCCAUUGUCAUUGGAAGAGGUGGAGCUGGUAAUAUUAUAUCUCCUAAAUCAAGUGGUAAUAAACAGGACAAGAAAUCAAAAUCAAAGACUAAAUCUGGGAAAAAGGAAAAGGGACCUUGGUCAUCCUUCUUGAAUAUAUUCUCAUAA